AUGCAAUUGAAACAAUACUCAGCCGAUACCCCUCGUCAAACUUUAUUAGCAGACGCUGAACAAAUCUUGAAAUCAAUUCCCAAGUGGGAAACAGGCAAGACGCACUACGAGCAUACCAAAAAUGCCACGAAAACCUUUCAUGAUACUAUUGGUGAUAAUUACUGGUGUGCUAGGCACAGCGUCUUGAAAGAUCUCCCCUUAGACAAGUUCAAAACUGCAAUUAUCGGCACCACUGAAGUUGGUUUCACUCAUUCGGACCAUGAACUUCAUUACGUACAUGAAAUUGAGCUGGUGGAAGUACGUAAUGUCAAGAAGUAUGAUGACAACGGGUGGAGCUACACCAUCCAUGCUGUCUACAACUUUGGAUUCCCUUUGAACAAAAGACUGUUUAAUGAGUUGGUUCACGUGUUUGUUUCAAAUGAUAAGGCGUUGGUGGUUAGUGUUCCAAUUGCAGGGGAAGUUGAGGGUGUGUUGGGGAGUUAUGUAUCAGUUGAGGAAAUUAAGUGGGAUGGAGACACUGUUGAAUGGACUAUGGCUACAACUUCAAAAGCAGGUGGUAACAUCCCUGACUGGGUUACUAAAUUGAGUAUUGGAGGUGCUAUCGCGAAGGAUGUUCCCAAUGUAAUUGCUUAUAUCGAAAGCAAUGAGUACUUGGUUCAUGUUGGCUGA